CAUAGUGUUGCAGCAGCACUCAAAGGGACCCUGGCUCCUGUAAAGAUGGCUGACGUGGUGCAGCCGGAUGCCAACAGCCUGCAGAUACCGGGUGAUAAUUUGUCAGUCCCGUCUUCACCUGCCACAUCUAGAAAUGACUGCAGCAUCACACCCCUCACACCCUCACCCUCGCCGAGGGUGGAGAUCAGACCCAGGAUGGCCUGUCCGUUCUCGGUUGUCGUGGCGAUAGACUUUGGGACGACCUCCAGCGGCUACGCUUUCAGCUUCACACAGGACGCAGAAGCCAUACACAUGAUGAAGCGCUGGGAGGGUGGUGACCCCGGCGUGGCCAAUCAGAAGAGCCCGACAUGUCUGCUGCUGACCCCUGAUUUGCGGUUUCACAGUUUUGGGUUCGCGGCCCGGGACUUCUACCAUGACCUGGACCCGGAGGAGGCCCGGCACUGGCUCUACUUUGACAAGUUCAAGAUGAAGAUCCACAGCACGAGUGACCUCACCAUGGAGACGGAGCUGGAGGCUGUCAAUGGUCGGAGGGUCAGAGCCAUUGAGGUGUUCGCUCAUGCCCUGCACUUCUUCAGGGAACAUGCUCUAAAGGAGGUGAAGGACCAGUCGUCAUCGGUGCUAGAAGGAGAGGAGAUCAGAUGGGUGAUUACUGUCCCUGCUGUGUGGAGGCAACCUGCCAAACAGUUCAUGAGAGAGGCAGCAUACCUGGCCGGUCUGGUCUCCCCUGAUUGUCCUGAGCAGCUCCUCAUCGCUCUUGAACCUGAAGCUGCUUCCAUUUACUGCCGCAAGCUCCGCCUCCACCAGGUGAUUGACCUGAGCCUGCAGCCGAUCCCAAACGGCCUGGAACUGGACGGAUCCCGUCCCUUCGACUCCAGCUUCAGACAAGCGCGGGAGCAGUUGAGACGAUCCCGACACAGCAGGACCUUCCUGGUGGAGAGUGGAACCGGAGAGCUAUGGUCAGAGCUGCAGACUGGUGACAGGUAUAUUGUUGCAGACUGUGGAGGAGGAACAGUUGACCUGACUGUCCAUCAGAUCGAGCAGCCACAGGGAACACUCAAAGAACUCUACAAGGCCUCAGGUGGUCCGUACGGUGCCGUCGGUGUAGACCUGGCCUUCGAAGCCAUGCUGUGCCAGAUCUUUGGCGAUGACUUCAUCCAGAGUUUUAAAGCCAAGCGGCCAGCGGCUUGGGUGGACCUCACCAUCGCAUUCGAGGCGAGGAAACGGACGGCGGCGCCGGGCAGGGCCAACGCCCUCAAUAUCUCCCUGCCCUUCUCUUUCAUCGACUACUACAAGAGACACCGGGGGCAGAGUGUGGAGGCCGCCCUGAGGAGGAGCAAUAUGAACAUAGUGAAGUGGUCAUCCCAGGGGAUGCUGCGGCUGACACAGGAGGCCAUGAACGAGCUCUUCCAGCCCACUAUCGUCAAUAUCGUCAAACACAUUGAGGAGCUAAUGGCGAAGCCAGAGGUGCGUGGUGUACGUUUCCUCUUCCUGGUUGGCGGGUUUGCAGAGUCACCCAUGCUGCAGAAAGCAGUUCAGAGAGCACUGGGAAGGACGUGCCGCAUCAUCAUCCCCCAUGACGUCGGUCUGACCAUACUGAAGGGUGCUGUGCUCUUCGGACUGGAUCCCACUGUGGUUCGAGUGCGACGAUGCCCCUUAACCUAUGGCGUGGGCGUCUUGAACCGGUUCGUGGAGGGGCGCCAUCCCCGCGACAAACUCCUCAUCAAGGACGGCCGCGAGUGGUGCACCGACAUCCUCGACCGCUUCGUCUCCGUCGACCAGUCGGUGGCUCUGGGUGAGGUUGUGAGGCGCAGCUACACACCCGCUCGUCUGGGCCAACGGAAGAUCAUCAUCAACAUCUACUGCAGUGUGACAGACGACGUCACGUACAUCUCCGACCCCGGAGUCAGGAAGUGCGGGACGAUAACUUUAGACCUACCGGAACCAUUACCGUUACCAGGAGCAGUGGGAGGAGCCGCAGGAGGAGGACUACCAGAGAGGAGGGAGAUCAGAGCGACCAUGCAGUUUGGAGAUACAGAGAUCAAAGUCACAGCCAUUGACAUCAUGUCUAACCGCUCUGUACGGGCCUCCAUAGACUUCCUGUCUAACUGAGGAGCAGCAGGAAGUGCAGACAAGGAUUUGAAAACACAGAAAUAACUGAUUCUAGGAAUGAUAAUUAUAGAAAAAGCGGUACUUUGGGAGUGGGCACCAUACUGUUUUUUUUUUAAGGAACAUGAGCUUUGCAUUCAAAGUAGAAACUCACAUCCUAUAAUUGAGAUAUUUAGGCUUAAAAUUUAGAAAAAUAUCAUGAAAGGAACAUUUUUAAAAGCUCCUAAAUAAAAAUUUGACUGUGUCAGUAUCUCCCCAACUGACCGGUAGGGUGCUGCCUCUGCGCAGAAAAGAAGAAAUGAAUUUGGGAGAGUUUGUCACAUGACACCAUAUAAAGGAACACUUGUGUGAACGCUACGAAGACGGAGGCUGAGUACAAAUCCCUGCUGCAGUGAACCAAACACAUACCUUUUAAUAAUUCCAAGUAUUUGGACUUAAGUAGACAGUUUGUCUGUUAUCUGUACUAUACUACCUAGAGUGAGACUCACUCAUGUCACUGCUAAACAUAAAGACUGUUGCCUUUUAGCUUGUAUAAUGAAUGACACAGGGGCAUCUCUCUAUUUUUGAUCUGAUACCUCAUUUAAAUCCUAUUUCGCCAUCUAUAUAUGAGAUAUUGAUACUACCUGAACUGCAGCCUUGUUUCUCUAAUGUGGUCAUGAUUGUGCUCCAUCUAGUGGUGAAAAGAAUGAACUACAAGCUGGAAAAAAAGCUCUGGAUGCAUCAAACACAUCUAAAUGUCCUAUACUAGGAGGAACUGGCAUUAUUGCAUCAUUUUAAUGUGUCUUUUAUUAAGUAUAUGUCCCAUGUACAUCCAUGUCUAAAACAAGUGUUAGUGUUGGUUUUAUGCUGAAUUAGUUGGGUUUAAAAAAAUCAGGACAGUUGAUUUUUUUCUGUCCAUAUCAGAUUAAGCACUUAAACUGUGUGACAGUUUAAAAAAAAUCUUAUUAAAAAGUUUUUUUUUCCUGGAGCUUUCAGCCACAUCUUAUGGUUGAAUGGAGUUUGCUCACUGGUUUAGCUGUUAUCAUGUGACACCAGUAUUCAGUUAUCGCUUAUUUUUUGUGCAAGUUAAUUUUUCUAAAUAUUCUCCACUCAGAAACAAAAAUGGGACCAAAAAUGACCCAAUUUGGAGUUUUUGGUUUGGCCAGAAACCAAGCUUUGAUGUUGACAAAAAAUCCUAACUCAAGGUCAACUUACUCUGCUUUUCUUAGCUAUCAACCACAUCUUGAGCCAUUGGAGAUUGUUGUCAUAGGGAUAGCUCAGUUGUCUUCAUGUGACGUUGUAACUUGUUCAAAUGUGACUGAAAUUUCAUAAAAAUAUGCUAUCUUAAUGACAACUGAGCAAACUCCACCUGCUGAGGAAGACUGCAAAAUGUUGUUGAAAGCUCCAGAAAAAGCUGGUUAGUGGAGCUUUUGGUCAGUUUCCAAGAUCAAGAAUAAACUUACACACUCAAAUUUUGAUGUGAUGUCCAAGUAUACAUGCAGUUAAUAAUUAACCUAUUAAAAAAAAUCAAGUGAGCUUCUGUAGAAGGAAGUCAAGUGGGAGAAAGUAUUGGCACUAAGUAUCAAAUCUUCUUUUAAAAUGAAAAAAAGAAACUUUCCUACCAUCAAAUAUCAUCCUGUGUCACAUAUUUAUGUUGCGUAUGCUGUUAUAAAGUGUAUCCAUGUUUAUGUUCAUGUAUAAAGUAACGAAAAGAUUAAGAACCACUAUAUCAUGUUCAACAUGUUGCCUUUAAGUUUCUUUUGAUUUCUUUUCCAGUUCAUCAUCAUCAUCUCAACUUUAUCAUUCUCAACCUUAUUUUAAGACAUUGAUAAAACAAAGAGUAUAUAAACAGUAACUCCAAGCUUUUCCUAUUUAAAAAAAAAACAAAACUUGUCCAGAACAUCUUCCAUUAACAUGUUGAUAUCAGGAAGCAUCAAAUUACUGUAUGUAUGUUUAAAUAAUACACAUGAACAGUCAACAGUAUGAUUUCAGCUGUGAAUUUAUUGAUAAGAAUGGUCCAAUAAAUAGGUUCACACAGCAUGACCAAUGAAUGGUUCAGAACUACUCAACAUCUUUUUCAUCUUUCAGUGCUUUACUCUCCAUGUUACACAUCAGUUUGUCACAAACAAAAAAACGGAUCAGACAUUAUGGAACAGCUCCUUCAGGUCAGAGAGGAAGAUCUGGCUUGAAGUGGACAGGAGUAUGUUUCUUUCAAAUCAAAAGGGGGAACUGCUGUCAUUCUGCUUGUAUUUAAACAUCGUUUCUAAGUAAAAAGACUACAAGUAAAGAUACAGUGUUCAAUAACACAAGGAAGCGUCAAAAUG